ACAUACUUCAGAGCCGCAUCAACUCCGUCAGGACACGGAUCGGAAAUUUUAAUCGACUAUUAUAUUAUUUGUACAAUUUUAAAUUUAGUUUUUGUAAUUUUUACAUUUUGUCACGAUGUCGAAGAUCUAUCUCAAGGCCAUGGAGGAGGUGGUGCAGCGCAAUAUGGAGAACACGAACCGUAUUAUGGAACAGGCCCAAGGAUACGUGGUCUCUGAGAACGUUACCGAUACUCUGCUCCACACAUCCUUUGAUCUGACCACCGCCCAGGGAAUUGUGAAGCACAUGCAUGCCAGUUUUUUGAGGCUGGCCCAGAGUGGAGUUCGCGACAUCGAUCCCGAGGAUAGCUUGUGCUUCCUGCGCGUGCGCACCCGAAAAUUUGAGUUUCUAGUUGCUCCCGAACAAUAUUUUACAGUGACCGCAGUGCUUUAAGCCCAUUGACCCGUCGAAGGGUUAAUAGGGUUGUUGGCCGCAGGUGGCCACAAUAAAAUGGACAUUACUGUACUCCCCCCUGAAACAUAUACAGUCACAUCCACUACUCUUAUACCAGGCGAGUGCUGUUCUGCUCGCCCCCUUCGUGGGAGUUAUCGUUGGCAAAUCGGCAGCAUAAAUCUCCAACUAACCCGAAAACUAAACGAGCCAUAAAAUUAUGAACAGAAUCUUUAUGCGUGUGACUGGCGAAACUAAAUGUUUAUUAUGUAAUUAAGAUGUUAGCAAAGAUGCCAUCCAAGCAAAGUCCGCACAUAAAACAGAAGCAGCAGCCGGAGCAGCAGCACUAGCACCAACAAUAACAACAUGUAAAAUAAAGCGGGCUUAAAAAAAAAGCAGA